AUGUCGACCAUCACUUUUGUCACGGGUAACGCAAACAAACUCAAAGAGGUUCUCUACAUCUUAGGGGGGAACAACGAUUCAAACACUGUUGGAAAGUUCAACAUUGUCAACAGAUCUUUGGAUGUUGAAGAAAUUCAAGGCACGAUUGAUGAAGUGACUAUUCAUAAAGCAAAAAGUGCUGCACAAUUGAUUGGAGGGCCAGUUUUAGUCGAGGAUACAUGUUUGGCUUUCGAUGCUUUGAAUGAUUUACCGGGCCCUUACGUUAAGUGGUUUUUGAAAGCUAUAGGUCUUAGAGGAUUGGUCGACAUGCUUUACAAAUUCGAUGACAAAGGAGCGAAAGCCGUUUGCACCUUUGGAUACUGCGAAGGUCCCGGGAAAGAAGUUAAAUUGUUCCAAGGUAUUACCAAGGGUACUAUUGUAGAGAGCAGAGGGCCACAGGACUUUGGAUGGGACUCGAUUUUUGAGCCUAACGGCUUCACCGAAACCUAUGCCGAAAUGGAAAAGGCCACCAAGAACUCCAUUUCUCACCGUUACAAAGCUUUGGAGAAAGUUAAGACGUUUUUACUUGAGCAGUAA